UGUUCCAUUCCAAGGACAAGGACAAGGUUCUUACGCCGUCCCCUCUUUUUCUUCUCCGCCCUCAACAAACAAAGAAAAAGGAAACACAGUCAACAGUCAACAACAACAGUGAGCUCACACAGAUUUACAUGAACAAGUAACGCACACGCUCGACAACAUACAUUAAUUCAUGGCUGAUCCACAACCGUUGUUGCUCAACGAGCCAACUCAGCUUCAACAACCACCCCGAAUCGCCUCCCUUGACGUCUUCCGUGGCCUCUCCGUUUUUCUCAUGAUAUUGGUCGAUUAUGGUGCCUCCAUCUUCCCCAUCAUUUCUCACGCCCCUUGGAAUGGUAUUCAUUUAGCUGAUCUCGUCAUGCCAUUCUUUCUAUUUAUCGCUGGAAUCUCUCUCUCGCUUGUUUAUAAGAGAAGGCCCAGCAGAACACAAGUUACAUGGAAAGCCUUAGUUAAAGCUGCCAAACUCUUUAUACUUGGUAUUGCUCUUCAAGGUGGUUAUUUUCAUGGGAUAACUUCCUUGACUUAUGGUGUUGACAUUGAAACAAUUCGAUGGCUCGGCAUUUUACAGAGGAUAUCUAUUGGAUACAUUGUUGCUGCUCUAUGUGAGAUCUGGCUUCCAGUCCUUAGAUGGAAAGAAUCAGGUUUCUUCAGAAGUUAUUACUUGCAUUGGUUUUUAGCAGUGAUAUUGUUGGGGAUUUACUCGGCACUACUGUAUGGUCUAUAUGUUCCGGAUUGGCAGUUCCAUGUAUCAGCAUCGACCUCUUUGUUGCCUCCAACAGAUGGUGGCAAGGUUUACACGGUGAAUUGUUCAGUGAGAGGUGAUCUUGGACCUGCCUGUAACUCUGCUGGAAUGAUUGAUCGCUAUAUUCUUCGUCUUGACCAUCUGUACAGAAAGCCUGUUUACAGAAAUCUCAAGGAGUGUAAUAUAUCUGGCAAGGGUCACGUUCCAGAUAGUUCACCAUCUUGGUGCCAUGCUCCUUUUGAUCCAGAAGGCAUUUUAAGCUCCAUAACAGCCGCAGUUUCGUGCAUAAUUGGACUUCAAUAUGGUCAUGUGCUUGCGCAUCUAGAGGACCACAAGGGACGCCUAAACAACUGGCUGUGUUUUUCAGCUUCAUUUUUAAUCCUUGGAUUGUUCAUGGCAUUAAUAGGAAUUCCUCUAAAUAAGUCACUGUACACAGUCAGUUAUAUGCUGGUUACUUCGGCAGGCUCUGGUUUCACAUUCAUUGCUCUAUAUGUUCUGGUAGAUGUUUACGGCCACAGGUGUUUCACAAGUGUAUUGGAGUGGAUGGGAAAGCACUCGUUGAGUAUAUUUGUCCUUGUAUCUUCAAACUUAGCUGUGAUUUCUAUCCAAGGAUUUUAUUGGCGUAAACCAGAAAACAACAUUGAAGUGAUGAGUGAAGAAGCUCAGCAGCAUCACGGGAAAGACUAUGUGGACCCACCACCAGCACCUCUCAUCGACCUUGCUGAGAUCAAGCUCUGGUCCUUCUACAGAGCCCUCAUUGCCGAGUUCAUCGCCACCCUCCUCUUCCUCUACGUCACCGUCGCCACCGUCAUCGGCCACAAGAAGCAAACCGGACCAUGCGACGGUGUCGGCCUCCUCGGCAUUGCCUGGUCCUUCGGCGGCAUGAUCUUCGUCCUCGUCUACUGCACCGCCGGCAUCUCCGGCGGCCACAUCAACCCCGCCGUCACCUUCGGCCUCUUCCUCGCUCGCAAGGUGUCUCUCAUUCGAGCUGUCUUGUACAUGGUAGCUCAGUGCUUGGGUGCUAUCUGCGGUGUUGGGUUGGUGAAGGCGUUCAUGAAGCACCCCUACAACUCCCUCGGCGGCGGUGCUAACUCCGUGGCUCAUGGCUACAGCAAGGGCUCUGCUCUCGGUGCUGAGAUUAUCGGCACGUUUGUGCUUGUGUACACUGUGUUCUCUGCGACUGACCCGAAGAGAAGCGCGCGUGACUCUCACGUGCCAGUACUGGCACCGUUGCCUAUUGGUUUCGCUGUUUUCAUGGUUCACCUGGCCACCAUACCCAUCACUGGUACCGGCAUUAACCCUGCAAGGAGCUUCGGUGCUGCUGUUAUCUUCAACAAUGGCAAAGUUUGGGAUGACCAGUGGAUAUUCUGGGUUGGGCCAUUCGUAGGAGCAUUGGCAGCAGCAGCAUAUCACCAGUACAUACUGAGAGCAGCGGCUAUCAAGGCACUGGGCUCGUUCCGUAGCAACCCCACCAACUGAAUCAAUGAUAAUGAAUCAACACAACCAAGAUAGAAUCAUCAUAUACGUCUAUUUUGUCAUCAUAUAUUGGUUUGUGUGUGUGUGAGAUUCAGAGAUUUCUUUUGUAAUCAAAUAUUUAUUUAAUUUCUAUGGUUUAAUUGUUUGUGUGAGAUGAUGUAGCCCGUGUUCAUGACAUAAAUUUAAUUUACUCUAUUUAUUUUAUAAUUUACAACCAA